AGGCGUCUGCGCGUGGGCGGGCCGUGGGGGCGGAGCUCGCUCGCCAUAGGACGUCCGACUGGCUGCUUCCGCUUCCUUUUACCUUCCUCUCCGGGUUUGUUCCCUCAUGAGGUGAUGGAGGUCUGGCGGUCCGCGCUCUGAGUGGGUGCACUUUUUUUUCUAUGGAGCCUUAACAACUCGCCCAGAGGUGCUCUCCACCAACAGUGUCCGGAAAUACUUCGGGUUUAUAUUCUUGUUUUGAUCGGUGGAAGAUGUUGACAUUUACGUUCGCCUUCACACAAGUGUUUUGCUGGCAACUUAAAUGAUUAUUUUUCUCAGUUGCUCAUAUCUUUAUUUUUCAUGACAGAUCUUGACGACAGUAUAUGCAGAAAAUAUAUAAAGAUGAUAACUAAUAUAGUUAUAUUGAGCCUGAUCAUUUGCAUUUCUUUAGCUUUCUGGAUUAUGUCUAUGACAGCAAGCACCUAUUAUGGUAACUUCCAGCCUGUUUCUCCUUGGCGUUGGCUGUUUUCUGUUGUUGUUCCUGUUUUGAUCAUGUAUAAUGGCUUUAAAAAGAAAAGUCUAGAUCACAGUGGAGCUUUAGGAGGGCUAAUAGUCGGAUUUAUCCUAACCAUUGCAAACUUCAGCUUUUUUACAUCUUUGCUGACGUUUUUCCUUUCUUGUUCUAAACUCACUAAAUGGAAGGGAGAAAUAAAGAAGCAUCUAGAACCAGAAUAUAAAGAAGGUGGGCAGAGAAAUUGGGUUCAGGUGUUCUGUAACGGAGCUGUAGCCACAGAGCUGGCCCUACUGUACAUGAUAGAAAGUGGCCCCGGGGAAAUCCCAAUAGAUUUUUCCAAGCAGCACACUGCUUCAUGGAUGUGUUUGUCUCUCUUGGCUGCACUGGCCUGCUGUACUGGUGACACAUGGGCUUCAGAAAUUGGCCCUGUUCUGAGUAAAAGCUCGCCAAGGCUAAUAACAACAUGGGAGAAAGUUCCAGUUGGGACCAAUGGAGGGGUUACGAUGGUGGGCCUGGCUUCCAGUCUCCUUGGUGGUACCUUUGUGGGCCUUACCUACUUCCUCACACAGUUGGUUUUUGUAAAUGAUUUGGACAUUUCUGCUCCCCAGUGGCCAAUUAUUGUAGUUGGGGGUCUGGCUGGCUUACUGGGAUCAAUCGUGGACUCAUAUUUAGGAGCAACAAUGCAAUUUACAGGUUUGGAUGAAAGAACUGGCAUGGUGGUCAAUAGCCCAACAAAUGAGGUGAAGUACAUAGCAGGGAAACCCAUUCUUGAUAACAAUGCAGUGAAUCUGUUUUCUUCUGUCCUUAUUGCUCUCUUGCUCCCAACAGCUGCUUGGGGUUUUUGGCCCAGGCUGUGAACUUUAUCUCAUUUACAAAGAUUGAAACUGGUAAAUUCAGCAAAAUUUGCAAUCCUAAGUUUCAUCCUAAGAAGAACAAUUGUAAUGGCAAAGGGGAAAUGCUAGCACCUCCCGUAUUCCGUUGUGAUGGAAUUCUACAUUUUUCCUCUCAACUACUCUCUUAUAACAGCUGACAUAUUCUAGUGAAAGACAAGAGUACAUAGAACUUAUCGAUUUUUUUCUUCUGCUGAAUGGAGCUUCUUGAACAAUGAUGCCACAAUGCGCCUGUAUAUUGGCAUAUAUUGAACUGAAAGCUAACAUAUUGAACUGAAAGUUCCUACAUGGUAGGUACAACUUUUGUUUGUUUAAACUAGUGUAGGGACUAAAAGUCAUAAAAUUUUAAAAUGGUUCUCAGCUGUGCCAGAGAAAUGCCACUGUGCCAGUUGCCCAAAUGUUAAACCCAUUUUAGGUGGUUUAAACUGAUGUGUAUGGAGGCCUGAAUAAGUGUAGUAUCCUGGACUUCUUCCAUUACUUGCCAUUUACAGUUGUAAAAGGUGUGCAGUUUGAUUCCUAGUGAGCUGUGAGGCCUCCUCCACAUUUGUUCUUCCUUCCUCAGGAUUAGUAAUGAAAAGAAAGUAAAUGUCUUUUUCAUAUGACCAUUAGAAUGCAUGAAAAAAUAUUUUUAAGUAAGAGCAAGAGAGAGCUAUCCUGUAUCUAAAAAAUGUGCACCUUACUGUAUGUUUUAGUUGAUCUCUGAGGAGAAAUUAUCUCAAAUUUAAUAUUUUUAAAUGUAUUUUCUAGCUGUCUUUUAAAGGUGUAUAGGAAUCUGCUUUAUGUUGUCAUACCAAACAAUUAAAGAGUCACUGGAAAAUUAUUUGCUAAUCUAGAAUUUGCUGGGCGAUGCUAUGAUUUCCUGUGAUAACCUUUUAAAUUGUGCUCACCUUUAUAUUAUAGCCUCAACUAAAGUGAAUUAUACUUUUCGGUUUUAUUCUAUACUGUGAUUAACUAUGUUCUAAAGGAUUUUGAUAUGGUGUGGAUUACUUUGCUAAAAGUAUUUUAAAAUAUUUCUCAUGUGAUUUCCAUACCUUUCUUUCCCUGAGAAGAAAAGACUGUUUUCUAAAUAAGUUAUCACAAUGAGGAAAAACUACUUAGCCACCAAAUUCCUGGUGAUUUAUACAUGCUUUAAAGAAGUAAACACAAUUAUGCAGCUUAAUUAUUUAAUCUCCUAAUGGAGUAUCUGUCACUGUAAUUCUAGAUGGUGCCGAACAUUUUUAAAUCAUAUAGGUCUUCAAUAUAUGUUUGUUAAGUUGUUUGACUCCAAGCAUGUUUCUUUAAGAGUCACUGAAAGUUGAUAAUCAGGAACAUAUUUCUGGAGGAAAAUAAAAAAGUUUACCUGAAUA